AGAGCGGCUGGGGCCAACAUGGCGGAAGAGGAGGUUGCUAAGCUUCAGAAACACCUGGCGCUUCUCCGCCAGGAGUAUGUGAAAAUGCAACAGAAGCUGGCACAGACAGAGAAGAGAUGUACCAUGCUUGCAGCCACAUCCAACCUAGAGAAUUCCAGUGACUCCUUCGUUUGCAGACUGCUGUCUAUUGUGUCUGAGCUUUACCAGCAAGAACAGUACAGUGACCUGAAAGUGAAGGUUGGAGAAAGGUACAUCAAUGUUCACAAAUUUGUGUUGGCAGCACGCAGUGAUACCUGGAGCCUGGCAAACCUUGCUUCUGUCAGUGAACUUGACCUGUCAGAUGCAGAUCCAGAAGUAACCAUGGCAAUGCUCCGAUGGAUUUACACAGAUGAACUUGAACUGAAGGAGGACGAUGUAUUCCUCACUGAACUAAUGAAAUUAGCUAAUAGAUUUCAGCUAUAUCUCCUCCGAGAGCGGUGUGAAAAAGGAGUAAUGUCAUUGGUUAACGUCAGGAACUGUAUUCGAUUCUAUCAGACUGCAGAGGAGCUAAGUGCUGUUACAUUGUUGAACUAUUGUUCUGAAAUUAUAGCCAGCCAUUGGGAUGAUCUGAGGAAAGAUGAUUUCAGUAGCAUGACUGCUCCUUUGCUGUAUAAAAUGAUUCAAUCAAAGACUGAAUACCCUUUGCAUAAAGCUAUCAAAGUGGAAAGAGAAGAUGUUGUAUUUCUCUACCUCAUUGCGAUGGACUCUCAGUUGCCUGGUAAACUGAAUGAACUUGAUGAUAAUGGAGACCUGGCUUUGGAUCUGGCACUGUCACGACAGCUGGAGAGUAUUGCAACCACAUUGGUUAAUAACAAGGCAGAUGUUGACAUGGUUGAUAAGAAUGGCUGGAGUUUACUUCACAAAGCUAUCCAAAGAGGUGAUGAAUUUUCGGCUAGCUUCCUAAUUCGCAAUGGUGCUCGUGUGAAUGCUGCUACGUAUGGACAGCAGGAGACACCUCUUCACCUUGUGGCCUCAUACAGUCUGAAAAAGCAUUCAGUAGAAGCAAUGGCAGGAAUGGCACGUAUUGCACAAGCGCUCUUGGAAGCAUCAGCCAAUUCAAACAUGCAGGACAACAAAGGACGGACGCCUUUACACACUUCUAUACUGGCAGGCAAUGAGUAUGUUUUCACACAGCUACUGCAAUGUAAACAAAUUGACCUGGAGCUGAAGGACCAUGAAGGAAGCACGGCGCUAUGGUUAGCACUCCAGGAUAUAACCGUGGACUCCGAUCAGUCGGUGAACCCAUUUGAUGACGUUCCAGUUGUGAAUGGCACUUCAUUUGAUGAGAAUAGUUUUGCAGCAAAACUAAUUAAACGGGGUAGUAAUCCAGAUGCCCCAGAUGCAAAGGGGAAUUGUCUAAUGCAAAGGGCAUCGGAGACUGAAAAUGAAGCUGCUGCACUCUUCCUGGUUGCUCAUGGGGCUAAGGUUAACCACACCAAUCAGUUGGGUGAGACUCCCCUGCACACAGCAUGUCAUCGUGGCUUGGCAAAUCUCACUGUAGAACUACUACAGCAUGGAGCAAAUCCCAACAUUCAAACCAAGCGACCGCUUUCUGUCGGUACAGGUUUGUCACCGGACGGUCUCUCCCUGCAGACUCCACUUCACAUGGCAAUAGCACAUAACCAUCCUGACGUGGUGUCAGUGAUACUGGAGCAGAAAGCAAAUGCACUUCAUGCUACCAGUAACCUACAAAUCAUUCCUGACUUCAGUCUCAAAGAUUCAAGAGAUCAAACAGUCCUUGGGCUGGCUCUAUGGACAGGCAUGCAUACAAUCGCAGCUCAGCUGCUGGGUUCAGGGGCUGCCAUUAAUGACUGCAUGUCAGAUGGUCAGACUCUACUGCACAUGGCAAUUCAGAGGCAAGACAGCAAGAGUGCCCUCUUCCUCCUUGAACACCAAGCUGAUAUAAACAUUCGAACCCGUGACAGUGAGACAGCUCUUCAGUUGGCCAUCAAGAACCAGUUGCCACUUGUGGUUGAUGCUCUUUGUACCCGUGGUGCAGAUAUGUCUGUACCAGAUGAGAAGGGAAAUGCACCAUUGUGGCUUGCCCUGGAGAGUGGGCUUGAGGACAUUGCCUCCACCUUGGUCAGACAUGGCUGUGAUGCAACAUGUUGGGGUCCUGGACCUGGGGGAUGUCUGCAGACUCUGUUACAUCGAGCUAUUGAUGAAAAUAAUGAAAACUCUGGCUGCUUCCUCAUUCGCAGCGGGUGUGAUGGAAACAGUCCAAGGCGACCAGGUCCCAAUGGUGAAGGUGAUGAAGAGGCACGUGAUGGACAGACACCAUUACACAUGGCAGCAAGCUGGGGCCUUGAAGAAAUAGUGCAGUGCCUUCUGGAGUUUGGUGCCAAUGUAAAUACACAGGAUGCUGAGGGAAGGACUCCGAUCCAUGUUGCUAUUAGCAACCAGCACAGUGUAAUAAUUCAGCUUCUGAUCUCUCAUCCUGAUAUCCGGUUAAACGUAAGGGAUCGGCAGGGUCUCACGCCGUUUGCCUGUGCUAUGACCUACAAGAACAACAAGGCCGCAGAGUCUAUCCUCAAACGGGAGCCAGGGGCAGCUGAGCAGGUUGAUAACAAGGGACGAAACUUUCUUCACAUUGCUGUACAGAACUCGGACAUUGAGAGUGUGCUAUUCCUGAUUAGCGUGCAGGCUAACGUGAACUCCCGCGUGCAGGAUGCAUCCAAGCUUACACCACUGCACCUUGCAGUACAAGCGGGCUCUGAGAUAAUAGUCCGUAAUCUGCUGCUUGCAGGGGCCAAGGUGAAUGAGCUAACGAAACACCGUCAGAAUGCUCUCCAUCUGGCAGCUCAGCAGGACCUGCCAACUAUCUGUUCGGUACUUCUGGAGAAUGGUGUGGAAUUUUCUGCUGUUGAUGAGAAUGGGAACAACGCUCUUCACUUGGCAGUUAUGCAUGGCCGCCUGAACGUUGUGCGUGUCCUUCUAACCGAAUGUAGUGUUGAUGCUGAAGUCUUCAAUCUGAGGGGGCAGUCACCUAUGCAUGUCUUGGGACAUUAUGGGAAGGAAAAUGCAGCAACCAUCUUUGAACUUUUCUUGGAAUGUAUGCCUGACUACCCAUUGGAUAAGCCAGAUUCUGAAGGCAACACAGUCCUGCUUUUGGCUUACAUGAAGGGCAAUGCCAACCUGUGUCGGGCCAUUGUUCGAGCUGGAGCACGCCUGGGAGUCAACAACAACCAAGGGACCAACAUCUUUAAUUACCAGGUGGCCACCAAACAGCUGCUCUUCAGGCUUCUAGACAUGCUGUCCAAGGAGCCGCCAUGGUGUGAGGGCUCGAAUUGCUUUGAGUGCAUUUCCAAGUUUGGAGUUACCAUGCGAAAACAUCAUUGCCGCCAUUGUGGACGACUGCUCUGUCACAAGUGUUCAACAAAGGAAAUUCCCAUCAUCAAGUUUGAUCUGAACAAGCCUGUGAGGGUGUGCGACAUUUGCUUUGAUGUGCUGACCCUGGGUGGGGUUUCUUAGUCCUUGUUGGAGUUGCCAUUAUAAUUUAGUGUUUUAGCAGCACUACACAGCGCCUUCCCAGCAGUGGGGAACUCACAUCGGACUGGCACCUUUUUGAAGAGAAGCCCGAACACUUGAGGGACUGCAUUACGUUACUCGGAUUGCAAUUAUGCUGUUUGAUUCUCCAGUAUAUUAAUGGACUCUGACGUGAAUGGAUGGAUGUAUAGCCAUGUGAAUCAAUCAGAAUUGACUGCUGGUGCUUAUGGCUGAGGUUGGGUUUGACCCUAUUCUGAUUUGGGGUAGUAUGGUAGAAAUAUUCAGGACCUUUAUAUUAACACUGUCUCCAGCUUCUGAUCUCACUUGUACUUUCUUUUAAUCCAGUUCAUUGAUUAUUGAUAACACUUUUCCCAUUUCCAUUCCCAAUAGUUAUUGUCCAAUGUCGUCUUGAUCCAGUAAAAGAUGUCAAAGCUUGACACCGUAUAGACGAGCUGGUUUGGGGCUGGGGGUGAAGGCAAGGAACAACUCGAGGGAAUUGCCUGUGUUUUUUUUUCUUAUGUAAGACUCUACCUGGUAACUGUCUCAGUUUGGUUGUCAAGUUUCUGAUCUGUUUAGAUCAUCUGAUCAUAGAUGACAGCAGCUGAAUGUAUAACUCCUUGGUUUGCAUCUCUGCAAGAACAAACUUAGUAACACUAAUUUAGAGCAAUGUUUUAUUACCAAUAGAUGUGUUUGUGCAUUUAAAAAGGGAGGUGCUGCCUAUUUAGACCAAAUGCGUGGUCAUGUAUAUGAUAGAAAAUAGUCUCUUUUAAACUGGAACGAGAGAGAAGAAGUUUUAAAAAUCUUCAUAGAACCUUUGGCAAUCUUGCUGUACAAACAGUACUUAAACAAUGGUUGAUAAACCUCCCCAGUUUUAGUUCAGUUUGCCUGAAUGUCCAUUAUAUGGAGCAGCACAUGUAGCACUAACUCAGUUUGCAAAUUGUCCCAAUAUCACAGAAUACAGAUAAUUGUGUUCCACCAGGUAUCCUGGAGAGGGUGGCUGCUGCUCACUGCAGGCCGUCUGGAAAACCAAAACCAGUUGGAGCUGCUUCUCUAACUAGCUGGUGCUGGGCGCAUUCAUCAAGGGUCUGUGUGUCUAAAAGAGACUAGGAAGGCCUUUUUGGUUAUGCUGUGUAAAUUGACCUUGCUGAAGGGGAAAGGGUUAAGUUUGGACCACCGUUCUAAUUUGUGUUGUCACACUGAUUAAAGCACUAUUCUAAGGAUUGCCACUUGACAGUCGUCAAAUUUGUGUGAAAUAUUUUCAGACUAAUUCCUGUAUUUUAUGCAUUUUGUACUGUGCUAGAUAAUGCUUCAAGAUAUUUUGGUAAUGUUCAGCUUUAUUGCAUUGAUCUGUUCAGGUGUAAAGCCUGUUGCUGCAAGUGAAUGUGUGACCAGCUGAAAUUCUGCAUUCACAUCCACUGUCUAAUUCUGUGCUAGGAGUAUGUUAUUGCUUGUUUCUGCUCCAGUGAAUGGGAUGAAGGCUAAAUCCAACCUUUUUGGAAAGAGUUCUGGUUUCCAUUCUUGGUGGAGGUCAGCAGUUGUUGAGUACACAUUCCAUGUAUUCUGAUGUUGGUGCAUUUGUGAGCAGAGCCAAAUAAUGUAACAAAGCUGAUCUGAAUAAACUUUCAGACGUUUCAGUGAUUACUGCUCUGAACCAAAACAGUUGUCAGAGGCCAUUUGUGAUCAUGUUGGUGGAUUUAUUCCAAAGGGGAAUUUUAAUCAUACUCUGGGCCAGAUUUCAAGCCAUUCUCCUUUUUUUUCCCUUAAUGUAUUGUGACUGCACCAGCGUAUCCUGGUCCUGUGAGCGCAGCAUCAGAGUUGACUUUACAGCAUCAAGUCACCUAUCAUUAUUUCCACCAGGGAUUUAGCAGCAGAUAAAUCCAGAGACUUUCAGCUCUUAGAAAACCUGGAUAGUGUAGACAUGUAAGAGAUCAUGUUUUUGUAGACAUACUGGCCUUCAAGUAGAUAAUUUUUCCAACUUGCCCUGGCACUUAACGUUCGUAUAUUUUGACUAACAGCAUUGAGAAACAAUAAGUGAAGAAGUUCAUAGCAGAGAGAGCUCCUUUUGCAUUGCUAUAUUUUUUAAAUAAGUAUUUAAUGUCUUUAAAAUGUAAUUCCAGCCAGCAUUUCUUUCUACUUCUGUCCUGUUGAAGAUGGUCAGUUAAGCUUUCCUUAAAUUGUGAUUAUUAGAACAGCUUGUCUCCAGUUCUUUUUAAAGUGAACUUGAAAGGGCUAUGAUUCUUCAGCCAAUAUUGGUGUACGUGGUGGAAGUGGUUUUCAGGCUGCUUUAUGCCAACUCUCUCAUUCCCCUUUACCCCAGCAGGCUGAUUUAAUUACAGUCCCCAAGGUCUGUAAUAACUUGCAGGGAAUCAAGCUGCACCAAAAGCACCAACAUCUUAUGCCACUCCUCUCGCUGUUGCCUGUGCCCUUGUAAUUUGAGUCUACUCCUGUGUAAUGUGACUUUUAACCCAUUGAGAGCUGUUUCUGAUAUCCAGGUAUUGAUUCUAGAACAGGGCAAGGCAGUGCUUUUUGAACAAAAUGACGAGUUAAAUUGUCGUUCAACUUCCCAAUAAAAACCAAAUUAAUUUAGUGAAACCUGUUUAGUUUUAGUAGCAAGCAGUCAAUGGGUUAAAAUUCAUUCCAGACCUUAACCCCAUUUAAUGAUCCAUUAUUCAGUAUUAGAAAAAUUGUUUUAGUAAUGCCUAAGUUUUUGCACUAACAUUGAACCUAUUGCACAGAAUUGUCUUAAGGUGUAUGUAUACUUAUGUUUACAGUGUAUAAGGUGAGGUAAGUCUGUACAGCAAUGUCGUUGAACAGUACCCAAGAUAUUGCUGGCAGUGAUGCUUCAGAGAAAUGAUAAUCAUUUUCAUUCUCUUUGGUAACCAGCUCUGACUGUGUGCACUUGUACAGUUGAUAGGGUUAAAAUCGCCAAAGGUGGAUUGCACAAAUGAGGCUUAGGCCAGAGAUGUGUUACUUUAAUGGCAGCUGCCUGUGCCCCAGUGAAAUGAGUGUAUUGGAAACCACCGUGUACUAGGCAACCACAGUGAGGGAUGCAGCUGUACUGAUAGACAUUACAAUACAAUGGUAAAACUCA